UGGACGUUUGGUCUGCGUCGUCGCGCUAGUUUACACAAAAGGUGAAGAAAAAAUGUGAAAAAAAUUUGCAAAGAAGAAAAAAUUCACAAAAUGUUUUCAGAAAAUAUAAUAAAAGUCUUUAAGCAAAUAUAAUUUCCAGCUGCGCAUUGCUACAGUGGUUACAUUUGCAGUUGAAAAUUACAUUUGGUGUCCGCAGGCAAACUAAAACCAAACAAUCAAUAACCAUUAAUAUCAACGAAAGGUUUCAUUCCACAGCCGAAGGUGCUCCCGCAUACACACGAAUACAGAAACUUCCACGCACGGGAGCAAAAUCGACCGCAAAGACGUUGUGGUGUGAGCGGUGGCUGCGGUUGCUCCGCAUACGGAGUUGAAGCCACAGAAAAACACCACAAAAACCACACACACGCACACACGUGUCCGACGAUCCGACCGUUAAGCGUCAACCAUGAACGUGAUGCGUAAAUUACGUGGCAAUAACAGUGCCGCGGGUGGCUUACCCACAGCCGGUGCGGCAGGUGCCACCGCUAAUGGCAAUAUAACGGGCAGCAGCAACGCAGGCGGUGCACGUGUCGGCGAUGAGAUAACCGCCGCCACAGAUGCACGCAUACAAAUCAGUUUACACACACUAAAGCAGCUCUUCAACGAGUACACACAUCCGAAGGAGGCGCUCAGCGAGCACGAACGGGACAUGAAGCUGUAUCAGAUGCUGCCGUUAUUUUGCAAGGUCUUCAGCACAUGCCCGGCCGCGGAUAUGAGCGAAAAGUUCUGGGAUGUGGUGGCCUUUUGUCAGCAAGUUUCACGUCUGAUGGUCAGCGAGAUACGGAAACGUGCCUCCAAUCAGAGCACCGAGGCGGCGUCAAUAGCGAUUGUUAAGUUUUUGGAAAUCGAAACGACGGAGGAGACGAGCAGCGGCUGGAUGUUGCUGUCCACAUUGAAUUUGUUGGCCAACGGCGAUGUGUCGUUGAUACAGGUGAUGACAGCAGCCGCCGUGCCGUCUACGCUCGUCAAAUGUCUGUAUUUGUUCUUCGAUCUGCCCGUUGUGGAGGACGAUCCGCCGCCGGGCAUUGGCGAGUCGGCGAGCGACUUUAACGCCUUCGAGCGUCGCACGCUGCUGCAAAAGGUCUUUGUACAGCUGCUGGUUAAGCUCUGCUCGUAUCCCUAUCCGGCGGAGGAGUUGGCGCGCAUGGACGAUCUGACGCUGCUCUUCUCGGCCAUCACGUCGCCGUGUCCGACGCAUAAUAUUGUUUGGCGUAAAAACGCAGCGGAAAUAUUGACGACCAUCUCGCGACAUGGCCUAACCGAUGCCGUUGUUAGUUAUAUACAUUCCAAAGGCUGCAUGGCGCUGUGCGUGGAUAAUAUGCAACGUUUGAGCUUCGGCAAUCCGCUGGAAAUUGUCGAGAUGUUUGUUACCGUUUUUUGCUUCCUAAAGGAUUCUAGUCAAGUAUCACAAAUAUUAUUGGACGAUUUCAAAGCAUCACAGGGAUAUCUGUUUCUCAGCGAUUUUUUGCUCAAAUUCGACACAACGCGUACCCAUUCCAUUGAAGUGCAGGCGGCCAUACGCAAUCUCGUCCUCAUGAUCUCCUCGCUUUGCAUGUGCGGCUUUAAUGAGUUACGUCCGCCACAAGUGCAGAAUACACUCUUCAAAAUGCAGAACUUUCAAAUGCCACAGGCGAGCUCACGUGAGACUUGCGUACGCAACAUCUACGCAUUCCAAGUGCUGCAGACGGUCUUCCUGAAGUCCACCUCGCCAGCGCUUUGCUGCACCAUACUCGACGCCAUAUCGCGUGUCUAUCACUCGGAGAACGCCAAUUAUUUCAUACUCGAUUCGGAGAAUACGCUCAGUCAGUUCACGGAGCGCAUACACCUCAAGGGUCCACAGAUACAGGAGAAAUUCUUUGAUUUGCUCGAGUUCAUUGUGUUUCAAUUGAAUUUUGUACCAUGCAAGGAGUUGAUAAGUCUCUCAUUGCUGCUAAAGAACAAUCAUUCGAUUAGCUGUAGCAUACUGUGCUUGAAGACGCUACUGAAUAUACUGCGACACAAUGCGGUCUUCAAGGAGGUCUAUCUUGAGGUCGGCAUACUUGAGGUGUUUGUCACGUGCUUGAAUCGUUAUGCCGAUCACGUGCGUAAGAUAACAAAAUGCGAUGAAAGCGUUGUUGUUGUGCCGACGGCGGAUGAUCUAGAGGAUCUCACCGAUACGCUGGGCAAACAUGUGCUCGAAGCGCUCACCAUACUGCUGAGCGGUAAUAAUAAUAACGCGAAUGUGUUUCGUGAAUGUGGCGGCGCUAAAUGUACACACGAUUUGGUGAAAUUCAAACACUGUCGUCCGCAAGCGUUGGGCAUCAUACGAGAGCUGAUACUGUCGGCGGGCGGUGAUGAUGACAUGCUCUUCAUACUCUCCGUCAUGCAUGCGGUGCCACCAUAUCAGGUGGAGUUCAAAAUACAAAUACUCAACAUGCUUCUCGGUUGCUUGAAGGACUCGCACCGCACGCGUACUGUGUUCCGCAAGGUGGGCGGAUUCGUAUAUCUUACCAGCGUUUUCGUCUCGCUUGACGGCAAAUUGUGCGAUGAGCCGUUGGCGAAUGUAGAGCCAGACGCGCAGUUGAUUACACAGGAUGAUUUGAUAUUAUUGCUGCAAAUCGUUUGUCAGACGCUGGCGACGGCGAUGCGUUUCGAGCCGGCGAACGCGAAAUUCUUUCAUCAAGAGAUUUGCACCGCCUCGCUGUGUGACACGCUGCGGCUUUUGGGCUGUUUCGGCAGCGCCACUGAGCUACAUGACUUCAAGGGCGAGUUCAAGAAUGACAACGCCAUGCAGAAGUACUUUCACGAGGUCUUCGCGGGUGACAUAUUGAAUUUUAGCUUCAACUCGGACCUACCGCGCUCCUUGUCCUACGUCUGCGUAGUUUACCGCCUACUAUACAGCAUCGCGCUGGACAAUUUUGAAACACCAAAUUUGGCCGGCGUCAUAACGCUCUUCAGCGACACACACACGCGUUCGCCCAGCAAAGAGUUGCCGCCAGCACAUCCAAAUCAAUUGAAUCUGACACAGCCCACACCAGAGCCGCGCAUUGUGCAUCCCGGCGUUGUGCUCUGCAUGCUGCAGCUACUGCCGAGCAUUGAGCAUGAGACAAGCGGCAUAUUAGCGCUGAAUCUACAGGUUUAUCUCAGCGAGAUCAUAAAGUCUUUGGUGCGCAAUGAACGCAAUCAACAAAUCAUGUGCGACUAUGGGCUCGCCGAGCAGCUGUUGAAGAUUGCACGCAAUGCGCUCUCCGAGGAAGCUAAUCCGCUGCACGUGUCCAUGCAGUAUGUGUUGGAGCGCUUGGCUGCACAGGCUUUACAGCCCACAGAGCUGCGUGAGUUUCUGCGGCUUGGCGAACCGCUAUCUUGCGCCGACAUUGACUUACGCACACCCUACCGCAUGGGCGGGCCCGUACCGUUGACACGUAUUAAGACGCUGGUUUCAAUGACAACACCGCGUGAUUUUCGCGCGCACGGCUCGAGCACGCUGCCGCCCUUUGUGGAAAUGGAUAUGUCUGCGGAGGGUUUCGGCUGUUUGUAUUUGCCUUCGUUGGCGCCACAGGCUACCGCCACCACCGGUGGUACUAUCGACGCCAACACCAUUGGCGGUAUUGGCGCUGGAGAUCGCAUAUUUCCACCACAAACGGGACUCUCAUACUCCACUUGGUUUUGUGUGGAGAAGUUUUCCGAUCCCAAAACAGAUCCACAUUGCGUGCGUCUGCUGACGCUGGUGCGCACCAUACACAAUCCGCGCGAAGAGAACUUGGUCUGUCUGUCCAUAUUGCUGUCGGCGCGUGAUAAAGCGAUUGUAGUGUCCACGCAAGAAACGCUUGUGACGCCAAGCAAAAGUCUUGGCGACUGGGAACCCGAAGGUUCAGACGACGGCAGCGCACGCAUUUGGUGUCCCGAUUUGCUGCACGAGGGCCAAUGGCAUAAUCUGGUGGUAGUACUCAAUCGCGCUGUUUUGAAAAACUCUAGUCUCUCACUUUACUUGGACGGCACACCCAUGCACACACAGAAGCUACAUUACAUUUCACAAAACCCCGGCGCUGGCUCCGUCAAUCUCGCCGUGGCCAGUCAAGUCUACGGCUACAUUGGCACACCGCCGAUUUGGCGCCGCUAUUCACGUCUCUGCUGGAAGCAGGGCGUCUGCCACUUGCUGGAAGACGUGCUCACACAACAGACUGUGCACACCAUCUACAAUCUGGGACCGCAUUAUAUGGGUUCACUGCAAGCGCCACAACUGGGUAAGCAAAGCGAGCCGCUGCCGCCCUUAGUGCCAGAAGAUCGUGUGCUCUUGGGUCUGAAUGCUAAGGCGGUGUCACAACUCACUCUAGUAAAGAUACGCAAGGUUUACAGUCGCGUGGAUAACAAGUCCAUCGCCAAAGUAUUGGGCAUGAAUUCGCAUGAGAAUGCCACGCCGAUCAGAAUUCUACACAAUUCCGCUGGUCACUUGGCAGGCGCUGGACGCUCACUCGGCGGCGUAGUUGUCGGCUAUUUGGGCGUGCGCGUCUUCAGUCCACACCCCGUCUCCGCCAUGAUCGACACUGUCGGCGGCUGUAAUGUUUUGCUGGGCAUCAUCGCCAUGGCGCAGGAUGUUGAAUCGCUCUACGCCGGCGUGAAAGCGCUCACCUGUGUGGUGCGUAGUAAUCGCGCAGCGCAAAGCGAAAUGGAUCGCAAACGUUGCUAUCAAACGUUGGGCAUGUUCUUCAAGAAGAAGAAGAAUCUACUUAACUCACACAUACUACAUUUGACAUUUGGGCUCGUCGGCACUGUGAGUAGCGGUCAAGACAUGUCGGCCAUACCGAAUGUUACCGCAUUCCAGGAUCUACUCUGCGACCUGGAAAUUUGGCAUAAUGCGCCAAAUGGUUUGCUGCGCUCCCUGCUGGAACAUCUGCUCGAACUCGCUAUUGAAUCGAACGAGAAGAAACAGAAUGUGAAGAUUAUGGGUAACUUGCAGCUGCUUAAUAAGCUGCUGCACAUCAUUAUCGACAUACAGGAUCACUCGACGCGCGAAAUACUCUUCAAUCUAAUUGAGACUUUGCUCGGCGGUCAGCCGCGUCACAGCGAUCUCUUGCUCUUCGGCCAGUACAUCGCUGCCAAGCUACCGAAAGCGGAACAAGUCGAGAAAGCGCUCAUAUUGCCGAGCAUGCGCGUCACAGCGGGCAUUAACGGUAAUGCUGCUGGUGGUAUGAGCGAGCACGAACUCAUGGCGCAGAACAUUUAUCUGCGCAACCGCUGCCUCUCGCUGCUGCAUGGUUUGCUCUUCACGCCACGCAACACGGUGAACUAUAUCAUCUGCGAUGACAUCUCCAAGACGCUGGGCAUGGAUUGGCUGCUGCUCUUCAUGCAGCCGCAUGUACACUUCACUACCGUUAUAAUUGCGGUGCGCAUACUGGUCGUCGUCUGUGCCAACGAGAAUUUCAUGGUACGUUUUCGCGACUCCACACACAAUGGCGGCUACUUGCGCUUCACGGAAAUGGUGUCGCAGAAGAAAAUGUUGGCGCUGGGCGCGCCGCAGCUGAAUACGGGCACGCAGAGCAGCGCUGGCUCGGUGAUUGUGACCACCGCCAAUGUUAUACAGCAUCUGCCGACGCAGAUUGCCGGCGAAGUGCGUACUACGGCGCUGAGCAUACCAGGCUAUCAAAUGCUCGAAUGGCUGCUCACGCAUCAUCUCGACGUGCCCGAGCUAUAUUUCCUCAUCACCGCCUUGAUUAUGGGUCAACCGGUGAAAAUGAUGGCCAGUGAGCAUACAAAAUUCGACUUGGAUCGCGUACGUCACUUUCUGUGGGGCACACCGCCCUCCUCGAAUGCGCCGCUACCAAAAAUGAACGUUUGCCCCGAAGCGGUGUGCGUGCUGCUCGGCAUGGUGCGCGCUAUUGUGCACGCUACAGACUGCGCCAAAUGGCUCAAUAGCCAUCCUGAGACAAUAAUUCAGCUGCUCUUCAACUUGUAUCAGAAUGUCACCGAUUUUAUGCCGGUCAUGAUGUCUGGCGACGUGAUCACCUCAUUGGUUGCGGUGCUAUUCCCCAACUCGAAGAACGCUGGCAAUGAUUCCGAACCGAAUAGCGGUAAUUCAACACCCACCGACAACGGCACGGGCGCUUACUUGCUGCACGCGCAUAGCAUAACCAGCGCACCGGCGCAUAAGCUGACGCAGCAUCCGGUGCGUAAAUGUAUCAUCGAUUUUCUACGCGUAAUUGUGGUCGAUUCGCUGAGCUUGAAUAUGCAUGGCAAGACAACGCCCGUCAUCGACCUGGUGUUUGACGCUUCACCCGAGUCCGCGGAGAUGACGUUGCAAGUUGAGUAUCAGACAGAAAUUAUUACCGCUUUGAUGGAGCAUCUGCUAGCCGCGGAUGUAUUGGUGGGCGAACAGGCCGCACUGUCCAUUGUGCCGUUGCUGCAGAGUCAUACCCAGCAUAUAGCGCCCAAUGUAUUCUACUUCACAGCGCGCGUGGUGGAUAAAAUGUGGCAAGGUUGCCUAACACGCAAUCCACAUGACAUUUUCGACUUUGUGAUCAAGUUGAUAGCGCAAGCGAAACGUCGCUCUUCCUCCUUGACAAUCGAGCAGCUGCAUCACUCACUCAAUCGCACCAUACUUUACUUGCUGUCGCGUCCCACAGAGUCCAUAACGGAGCAGAUGAGUGUGUUGGAGGCUUUACAUAACAUUAUCACGCAUCGCUUGCUCAUUUUUGGCGCCGGCAAUCACGAGUUGGAGUUCAUCGGUUGUCUCACUUAUUGCCUGCUGCAAUUAACUUCGGAUAUGAAGAUUAUUUUGGAACCGGCAACCAGCCGUAAUACCACGUGGCAUGUAAAUCCACAAACCGACACCGUCGAACCGAAAGAUGAGGAUCUCAAUCAGCUUCAGGGUCGCAAUUUGAUUGUGGGCGCCGCUUUUCGCGUCUGGGAGGAACUGUAUGUUUGCAAAAAGCCCGCCAUUGAGGAGGUCUUCAAAGUUACGCUUACCCCACCGCCACCCAGUUCCAAAGCGCCUGAUUUGCAGAGCACACGCGAGCAGGUUAUGGAGCUAGCCUCUAAACUCUGGUUCAAUUAUGUCGAUGCUGAGCGUAAGGCCACGUACCGCAUCCCCUGGGAGAUACACAAUCAGAUACAGUCGAAAAUACAGAAAGUUACAGGUGGCUUGACGCGCCUGGCGAGCCGUACGAAAGUCAAAAAGGACGAGCUCGUGCGCACUAAAUCGACAAUGAGCAAAGAGAACGCCUUCGAUUGCACAGGCAUACAUGUGCAAUUGAUAAAGGACCUUUGGGAGUUGCGCUGCAAGCAGUACAUACAAAUGCAACAGCAUACACAACGUUACGUCUACCAAGACUGGACACAAUCGGAGACGGAGUUGACACGCGAACGCGGUCUGUGGGGUCCGGAGGGUAGUUCCUCGCUGGAUAAAUGGAUAUUGGAUACGACAGAAGGACCGCAUCGCAUGCGCAAGAAGACAAUGCGCAACGAGCUCUUUUAUUUGCAUUAUCCCUACAGACCAGAAAUCGACUUGCCAGAUAAUCGUCAAUUAAAAUACAAAGUUGCCACCAGUUUGGAUAGUAAAAUCUACUACACACAUUGUCAGCAACCGCCUCGCAUACUCUGUGAAACCGAAUCACUACAACAACAACACUCAAUACAACAACAAUACUCAGUGGACGCAAACAAUGCGAAGCAUGCACAUGCCGCGCAGCAUCAAAAUUCCGAAACGCAGGCGAGCGGUGGCACACCACCACCACCACACUCACCCACAGAGGUCGCCGCGAAAAGUUUACAAAAUCCACAAGAAUCCAUAGACACGGGCGUACCCGAAGAAGAUGAGGAAGAGGAGGACACCUCCAUGAUGUCCGACAAUGAAACAUUCCUGCGGCUGCUGGAGGAGCAGGAGAAAAUCUCAUUCAUGUUUCGUUGUGCGCGCAUACAGGGUUUGGACACCUUCGAGGGUUUGUUGUUGUUCGGCAAGGAGCACUGCUAUAUAGUCGAUGGUUUCACAUUGUUAAAGAAUCGCGAAAUACGUGACAUUGAUACAUUGCCACCCGGCGCCUACGAGCCCAUCAUACCGAAUUCGGGUGGGCCGACGCGCACGCAGAAGGCGCGUCAGUGUUCGAAAUUUGCUUAUGAGGAGAUUCGAGAAGUGCAUAAACGUCGCUAUUUGUUGCAGCCAAUUGCUUUGGAGGUCUUCUCGGAGGAUGGGCGCAAUUAUUUGUUGAGCUUUCCACGUAAAGUGCGGAAUAAGGUCUAUCAACGCUUCAUGGCGCAGGCCACCGCGAUUAACGAUAAUGCACAGCUGUCGGUGGCGGGUCAAAAGCGCACCGCAAGCGUAGAGCAGACAUCGGGCAUUUUCAGUAGUCUCAUUGGCGAGACGUCGGUCACGCAACGUUGGGUGCGCGGCGAAAUUUCCAACUUCCAAUACUUAAUGCAUUUGAAUACGCUGGCUGGCCGCUCCUACAAUGAUCUCAUGCAAUAUCCAGUCUUCCCUUGGAUAGUCGCUGACUAUGAAUCGGAAGAGUUGGAUUUCUCCAAUCCGAAGACAUUCCGUGACUUCUCUAAGCCGAUGGGUGCGCAGUCGGAAGAGCGCUUAGAGCAGUUCCAGAAGCGUUUUAAGGAGUGGGACGAUCCGCACGGUGAGACGCCACCCUAUCAUUAUGGCACCCACUACAGUUCCGCUAUGAUUGUUUGCUCAUAUUUGGUGCGUUUGGAACCAUUUACACAGCACUUUUUACGCUUGCAAGGCGGUCACUUCGAUUUGGCCGAUCGCAUGUUUCAUAGUAUACGAGAGGCAUGGCUCUCCGCUUCCAAAUUCAAUAUGGCCGAUGUGAAAGAGUUAAUACCGGAAUUUUUCUACCUACCGGAGUUUUUGAGUAAUGGCAAUAACUUUGAUUUGGGCACAAAGCAGAACGGUGAGACGUUGAAUCAUGUCAUACUACCACCUUGGGCCAAACAGGAUCCACGCGAGUUUAUACGCGUGCAUCGCAGAGCCUUAGAGUGCGAUUAUGUUAGUCAGAAUCUGCAUUUGUGGAUCGACCUCAUAUUUGGUUGUAAGCAACAGGGCCCCGCCGCCGUGGAGGCAGUGAACGUUUUCCAUCAUCUAUUCUACGAGGGCAAUGUGGAUAUUUACAACAUCGACGAUCCGCUGAAGAAAAAUGCCACCAUCGGCUUUAUCAAUAAUUUUGGUCAAAUACCCAAGCAGCUAUUCAAAAAGGCGCAUCCAGCGAAGAAAAUGUCCAACUCACGGCAUUCCACACUAAUCGAUCCGGGCGCUUUAAUACAGGGCAAUACCACCGUUUUACAAUCGGAACGUCUAUUCUUCCAUAAUUUAAAUAAUCUCAAACCGAGCCUGCAGCCAAUUAAGGAACUGAAAGGACCCGUUGGUCAGAUAUUACAACCAGAUAAGACUGUGUUUGCCGUCGAACAGAACAAGGUCAUGAUGCCACCCUCUUACACGAAGUACAUCGCCUGGGGCUUCGCCGAUCAUUCACUGCGCAUUGGUCUAUACGAUUCCGAUCGCGCUUCAUUCGUCUCCGAGGCGGCCGCACAAAAUUCGGGCGAAAUACUUUGUUGCGCCUGUCCCAAUGGCAAGAUGAUUGUCACCGCCGGCACCAGUUCGGUCGUAACGAUUUGGAAAUUCGAUGCGAAUCGCAAGAGUCUCACUGUGCGGAAUUCGCUGCAUGGCCACACCGAUGCCGUGACUUGUUUGGCGGCAAGCGCCGCUUAUAAUGUCAUCAUUUCUGGCUCACGUGAUGGCACUGCGAUCGUUUGGGACAUGACGCGCUUUACAUUCGUGCGUCAGCUGCGCGGUCAUGCGGGUGUUGUAGCUGCGGUCGCGAUCAAUGAUCUCACCGGUGAUAUAGCGACCUGUUCGGCCACGUGGCUGCAUGUUUGGUCCAUCAAUGGCGAUCCUUUAGCGAUGGUGAACACUUGUGUUGGCAGUGCGGAUCGCAUGCAGCAGAUCUUGUGUGUUGCCUUUUCACAGAUACGUGAGUGGGAUCAAGAGAAUGUGGUAAUCACGGGUUCCACCGAUGGCGUAGUGCGGAUGUGGUCCUUGGAGUACACACAAGUGCCCAUCGAACGUAAGUUGAAGCGCGCCACCGAAGUGAGUUCGCAAGAUCGUCCGGCCAGCACGGAGCGUGAGAAUUCCUGCGAUGGCAAGGAUGAUGGAAAACUGAACAUACUCAAGCAAAUGAAGAGUCUCUCGUUGCAGGACGAAAAUGUUAUCGCCAAAUCUGGUUCGGAGAGUAGCAUAUCAGAAGCUUCGGCGCAUUCACAACACUCCACACAUUCCGACAAGGCUGAGGAGGAGCAGCCAGAGUCAGAGCACAAAGAUAAUAAGGAUGCCGCUGGCCGACGGAAAAGCUCUUUGUCUGGCGCUAAGUCUUUGCACGAAAUGAAAGCAUCGACGGUGGAGGGUGAAAGCAUAGCCAGCAAAUGUGUUGAGGAGGAGGAGCGUACGAUACGUCCUAGUAAAUCAGACACAAGUCUGACGGAUGGCUUCGUUAUGGUGGACAAUGACAAAGUCAAGAGUGAACAGUCGCUGAGAAAAGGCUUCAAAUGGCAACGUCAAUUAAUGUUCCGUUCAAAACUCACCAUGCACACAGCAUACGAUCGCAAAGACAAUGCCGAACCGGCGAGCAUAACAGCGCUCACCGUUUCGAAAGAUCACAAGAUCUUGUAUGUGGGUGAUGCGCGCGGCCGCAUAUUCUCGUGGAGCGUAACCGAACAGCCGGGCCGAGGUGUAGCCGAUCAUUGGCUGAAAGAUGAAGUCACCGAUCAGUGUGUGAAAUGUCACGUGAAAUUCAAUCUGUACGAGCGCAAGCACCACUGUCGCAACUGCGGCCAGGUCUUCUGCAACAAGUGCAGCCGCUUCGAGUCGGAAAUCUCGCGCUUGCGCAUACUCAAGCCAGUGCGUGUGUGUCAGGCCUGCUUUAGUCAAUUACGCGCCAACUCAGUGGAUAAUUAA